GCUGCUUCGACGCUGAGCUCUGACCAAAACCACCCUUUUUUAUUCCUUUUAUGUGAUUUUGUGAUGAGUUCGGAUGUUUCGAGAAGUGGGUUCUUGGAGAUGAGAUGGUUUACUAGUUUACUUUUGUUGAUUUUAUGUUAUUCUGCUGUUUCUUUUAUUUUUUUCUUUUAUUUUUGUUAUUAGUGGUGCGAGGAUUUGGGAUAGAUUUGUAUCUUCCUUUGUUUUAUGAUGUGGGACAUGGGUUUUGCUUAUCUUUAAAAUUUUUUGGGCAUUGUGAUGUUAAUUUUUUCUGGGUUUUGGUUGAUGUUUUUUUGAUCCUGUUGUUUUUGCUUAACUUUGUAGUGCGUUUAUAUGGCUUCCUGGUAACUUGAAGAUUUGAAGUUUUUGGUUGCGAUUUUGGAAUUAUUUGUUGGUGAAUGACGGAGUUAUGCAUGUCCUCUUUUGCUUAUUUUUAGUUGAUCUUUAUCGCUAUGGUUUGUGAUUUGCAUUAUGAGUUUUUUUGUGUCUAUGUUUUUCCUUCUGGUUAUUGUCAUUUUGUGUUGCAUGUUAAACUGUAUUGGAGAUUGGAUAGUUUUUGCAUUUCCUUCUAAUGCAUAUUUUUUUUUGUUAGGCUUCGUUCAUUGGAUCAACUCAUUUGCUCGUUUGCUGGGUAAUAAUUGGGGUUUUAAGCUGCUGUGUUGUCUUAUUUACCAUCUCUAUGGUUUUCUUCUUCCAAUUUUGAUUCGAGUCAUUUGUUCUGUUCAUUUAUUUGUUUCUUUCUAAAGAUUUUACUUUUAAACUUUAUUAGUUCCACUAGUUAGUUUCUUGUAAUAUUGACGCCGUUGUUGUAUUUACAUAUUUGUUGCUUGUUCUAUAUACAUACCUAUUGCUGUUUGGCCUGAACUUUUAUCUCGGCAGCAUUUUGUGAUGAUUACAGGUAAGCUUUUGAGUUCUGCUUGUUGCCUUUGAGGAUCCCUGCCUCCAUUUUUCUUUAUAGUUCUCUUUUUAAGUUCAGUUAUGAGUCUCAUGACAUUGAUUAUAUAUUUGUAUUUUUAUUAUUCGGCUGCAGAUUCCAUUCAUUGUUGUGGUCUUAUCUUGAUUUCUAUAUAUGGAUGUCUUUGAAAGGCAUUUACAUAUAAUCUGGGAAAAGCAAGUCAAGUUUAUGUAACAUUAUUAUUAUUAUUAUUAUUAUUAUUAUUAUUUUGCAAUCAUUUGCUGGUCUUAACAUUAGUUCCCUGAUUCUUUGUUUGGGUAAGUAGAUGUGUCUAUUUGUCGUGAUUUGUAUGUUGAGGAAGUUGAUGCGUGAUCUUUUAGCACUUCUUUUAGAAUAUUAGCACUCUUUGUUACUUAUAGAUGUUUUUUCCCGUUUAGAUGGUUUCUUUAUCCUUUCAUUCCUGUAUAUGUUGUUUAUGGGUUGUAUUGUUUUCUAGUUUUUAUGUAUCUACAUUGACGCAUUGGAUCCUAGGCGCUAUACUGAGUUAGUAUUUAUGCAAGUGUGUAAAUUUGAUUUGGGGCAACAUUCUUGCAGCGGAGAGUUGAUGAAUUCACUGAAGUACUCGAUUUUGCACAUAGGCAUUCAGAGUUCAACAGCAUUUUACUGGGUUAGACUAAGGGCUAAAAUUUUUCAUUUCCUAUCUGAAGACUUGAAAUAUCUACGAAGCUGAUUGAUGCAUCUGAAGCAUGUGAAAGGUUUGGAAAUGCAGAACCCUGAUAACAAGGAUCCAGUGCAAAGCUCAGUCUAUUCAACAUCUAAUUGUGUAAAUGCUCUACCAUUGUGGUGGAAUUCAAGCAUAUUGAGUUAUCCUCCAUCUCAUCCAAAAAAUUUAUACAUGAUCAAGGAUGCUCUUGCACAGCCAUCAAGUCAGUUAAGGAGCAAUCAAAUUGCUGAUCAGGACUUUUCAUCAAAUCAUUCAAGUGGUCAAUCCCACCAAGAACUGUCGGUUUCCAGUGAAGGCACCAUUCAAGGAAAACUUGUUUCAGCACAAUCUGGCAAUGAUAAUACAUAUGACAAGCAUGUUGAGGCUCAAAUGAAGGCUUCUGCAUUUUCCUCGGGAACUACAGAAGCUGCUUUCCCAUCUCCUAAAUUUGAUUACAACCCCUCUCCUGCUUCCAUUCCAUAUGCUUAUGGAGAUCCAUACUAUGGAGGAGUUCUUGCAGCUUAUGGGCCUCAUGCUAUUAUUCAUCCCCAAAUGAUGGGAAUGGUGCCAUCUUCUCGGGUUCCACUGCCUCAUGAGCAGGCAGAGGAAGAACCCAUUUAUGUGAAUGCAAAGCAGUACCAUGCCAUUCUUCGUAGGAGAGAGCUCCGCGCAAAGCAAGAGGCUCAGAACAAACUUAUCAAAGGAAGAAAGCCUUACCUUCAUGAGUCUCGGCACAUUCAUGCAAUGAAGAGGGCGAGAGGAGUAGGCGGUCGUUUUCUCAACACCAAGAAACUUAAGCAGCAAACACACUCAUCAGAGAAUGGCAUCACUACUGGCUCAACUGUAACCUCCACAAGCUCCGAGCUCUCGACUGUUUCAAACAGAGGCAACAAUGGAGGCUUUCAUCAUCAGAACCACUUUGGCUUUCCGAUGACUUCCAGUCCCUCACAAUGGGGAACUGGCAAGGCAGUGAGCAGCAUUGUCUCCCGUUGAUAUCAUUGGAGAUUUCGUCGGUUUGUUACCGAGUUUCUCUAGGCAACUCAUCCUUGGCUUUUUAUGUAGUCGAUAACUUAAAUGAGACAUUGUAGCGGACUGGUUUGUGGGGGAGAAAUGAGUUCCAAGUUUCAAUAAUUUUUCUAGGUGUUACCAUGGAAAAUGUCUUAAAGCGUUGCAUGUAAUUGCAUGUUGUACCUCAAACCUGUUUGUUUUUAUGUUGUAGGUAUCUGUAUCUGAUUCUCAUUUACAUUUAUGAGUUGAGCGUACGUAAAGCUGCUGAUGAUGAAUUUUACAAGUUGA